CAAACACGGAAGUAACGCGAGAGCAGCCGCACAGGGACAGUUUCGGUAUUUACAGAAAGAAGGUCCUGUUCAGCGCAUGCAGCCGGCAGGGAUCCCGCCGCAACCUCCACACGGUACCCCGAGCAAUGGCGCCCUUGUCAUUGCCUAUUUCUUCUCUCCUGAAGCAGACGGAGUGUCUGCAGAGGGCGAAUAUUUUUCGUAAUGUGUUACAGGGCUUACGGCAGCGACCGGUCAGGUCUCGCCUAUGGAAACGGAAUUUCGUUGCGGUAUCCCGAGGAGGCGGUCAACUACUGUCCCAGCAGCCCAGAGCCAAAAACUACGCAGCAUCUGUCUGUAGCAGCUCUGCAGACGGUCAGGACUUGACAGAGAGGCUGUGGUCUGUUUACCAUGAGACCAAAAGGCAGACUCAAGCUAUCUCCACCGACUCUGUCAACCCAGACACCAUUUUUGCCAACAACGAGAUGAGCCUGCGAGACAUCGAAAUCUACGGUUUCGACUAUGACUACACACUGGCGUUCUACUCCAGUCAUCUCCACACCCUCAUCUUCAACAUAGCACGGGACAUUCUCAUCACCAAGCACCGGUAUCCAGAGGGUCUGCGAAAGUAUGAGUAUAUUCCAGAUUUUGCUGUAAGGGGACUUCACUAUGAUGUCCAAAAGGCACUACUGAUGAAGAUAGAUGCUUUUCACUACAUCCAACUGGGAACUGUAUACAGGGGUCUUCAACCUGUUUCUGAUGAGGAAGUAAUCGCCAUGUAUGAAGGCUGUCAUGUGCCUCUGGAGAUCAUGAGUGACUUCUAUGGCAAGAGUUCACAUGGCCACACCAUGAAGCAGUUCAUGGACAUAUUCUCCCUGCCUGAGAUGACCCUCCUAUCGUGUGUCAAUGACUUCUUCAUGAAGCACAAUAUCGACUAUGAGCCAGUCCAUCUGUACAAAGACUUGAAGGAAGCUAUUCGAGAUGUUCAUGUCAAGGGCAUCAUGUACCGAGCUGUGGAGGCAGAUAUUGACAAAUACAUUUGCUAUGGUGAGCAAAGCCAGGCUGUGCUAAAGAAGCUGUCAGCGCAUGGAAAAAAGAUGUUCCUCAUUACCAAUAGCCCCUUUGACUUUGUGGACCGAGGAAUGAGCUACAUUGUAGGAAAGGACUGGAGGAAUCUGUUUGAUGUUGUUAUUGUUCAGGCCGACAAACCAGGUUUCUUCAAUGACAGGAGAAAACCUUUCAGGCGAGUGACGGACAAAGGUGCGCUGCUGUGGGACAGAAUUCACAGGUUGGAAAAAGGGCAGAUCUACAAACAGGGAAACCUUUAUGAGUUCCUCAGGCUUACUGGCUGGAGGGGAUCCAGAGUGCUCUACUUUGGAGAUCACAUCUACAGUGACUUGGCAGAUCUCACGCUGAAACACGGCUGGAGGACGGGCGCUAUCAUCCCUGAGCUGAGGAAAGAGAUCAAGAUCAUGAACACACAGCCGUACGUCCACAUGAUGACCUGGUUACAGUCACUGACUGGACUUAUUGAACAGAUGCAGGUGCAUAGGGAUCCAGCAUCUCAAGCUGUAGUUGAGGACUGGAUGAGAGAAAGAGACGCCAUGAGGCCACAGACGAAGGACAUCUUCAAUGCUCAGUUCGGGAGCCUCUUCCGGACGUACCACAACCCCACAUACUUCUCGCGCCGACUCUCUCGCUUUGCUGACAUCUACAUGGCCUCCAUCAGCUGCCUGCUAAACUACGAUUUCCAGCACACCUUUUUCCCUCGUCGCACUCCUCUGCAGCACGAGUCCCCCUUCUGGCCUGAGCACAGUCCUGCCUCCUCUUCGUCUCCGCAGGACCGAAGCAGAGUCUGAUCAGAGAGAGGACAGAGUUUUGAGAUAAAGACUGAGACUUCCAGUACUGAUUUCCUUAACAUUAUUGUGUUUUUCAGGUUUUUAAGUUCAAAAAGAUGCAUGCUACAUUUUAACAUAAAAAUGGUAAAAGUCCUGUAAACUGCUGAUGUUUAUUAUGCUUUGACUAUAUAUUAAUUACUGUUCUAAAUAACUUGAGUUGUUGUCUCAGAGAAUUCAAUCUGGAGAGGAACAGUGGAUGUUGUGCUUUUGAGCCAAAGGUGUGCGUGUUUGACAGACUAUACAAAUUGAUGCAUUGUACACAAUCUGAACAACAGGGGGCAGUCACACUCCAAGUUUAUCGUUUAUUUCUGUAGUAUGGAUUGUACGCAGGGUAACCAUGCCUUUCCAUCCUUGCAUUUGCCGUUGCAGUGAGAAUUUGCAUUUACAUUACAGACUCUGUUGCCUUAAACUCCUGUUGAUGUUACUGCAAUGUAUAUAUUUUGUAAUAGCCUGAUAAUAUAUGGUAAUCAGGUUUUCUCAAAUUCUUCUCGCUUGGUUAAUGUCAUUAUGCACUGCACAUUGAUUCACAUUGCACUUUGAUGUUCUUAGAUCUUUGUAUUUGAUAGUUUUAGUCAUUUUCACACGAUCUGUAUGUGUCAUUCUAGCAGGUGAGAAAUGUUAUUUCUCAGGAAAAAAUAGUGUCAUUGCUAUAUUUAGCACGAAUGCUGCUAUUUGAUCAGUGAAAAAGGCACCAUUGAGUUUUAGGUUUGCAGAAAGUGGGUGAAAUGUUUUCCCACGUGCUGGAUUAACAGCUUGUUAAGGAUAUAAUUGUCAGAUGAGCUGGAAUCUUAGUGGUUUUUUAAUGAUAUUGAAAAAGGGAAAAGGCUAUAAAUAAGGGGGGAAAUAGUUGUCACAACCAAGACCUCGUAAGUUUUUGUGUUCCUGUAGUUUCAAAUAUGUGGUGAAGUGUAUUUUUUACAUUUUAUUUCACUAUUUAUUAAAACAGAAUUGGCCUGUACCUUGAA